AUGAUGCUACUGUCACUGGCCAUCAGUUCUAUUAUUUUGCUGGCUAUCAUAUCGAAUGUGGUUGGAGCACCUCAGGGGUAUACGUCAUCUGCUCAACAGUUUAUAUCUUUGACACGGAAGGCGCAACCUUCACGGAACACCUCAGAGUGGGCGGAGUAUGCCAAGAACCUGCGGGAUGUCACAAUUGUGAAGUACUCUUCACAACUUAGUCAAAAGCGGGGAACGGGCGAGAAUCUGAUGGUCAACCAGAGGAUCGACACAAACUUCUACGGAUCCCUGGCUGUUGGUACACCGCCUUACCCAUUUGCCGUACUUUUAGACACCGGAUCCUCAGAUAUGUGGGUUUCAUCGUCGGCAUGCCAAUCUACAUGUGCAGGAACGGGUAAUUUUGACUCGGCAAAAUCCUCUACGUUUAAAAAUAUGAGUAAGAGCUUCAGUGUGACCUACGAAAAAGGUUACGCAGCAGGUACUGUCGGGCAAGAUGUUGUUCAAAUGGCUGGUUUCACGAUCUCCGACCAGACAUUCGGGGUGGUGACAACUACCACGGCGAACUUCUUGCAAAAUCCUGUCACCGGUAUAUUUGGUCUCGCGUGGCAGUCGCUCGCAGCCUCUGGUGCUAUGCCGUUUUGGCAAGCACUUGCAAGUAAUGGACAAUGGAAUCAACCCUUGAUGGCUUUCCAGUUGACUCGCUUUUUGAAUGACAGCAAAGCUGGCGAACUAGAGCCUGGUGGAUCUUUCACAAUGGGAUAUACAAACGAGAGUUUAUAUACUGGGACGAUCGACUACCAGGAUAUUCCCAAUGGACAAGCCUCGUACUGGCUUCAACAAAUUACUUCGAUAAUUGUGCAAGGAAAAUCCAUAUCUUUGCCAAGCGGCAGUGCGUCUUAUGCGGCAAUUGAUACCGGUACGACACUCGUGGCAGGGCCUGCGGCUAGCAUCGCAGCCAUUUACGCUCAGAUCCCUGGAUCUCAGCCUGGGACGGGUAGCUGGGAGGGAUUCUACAGUUACCCCUGUAACACUGCUAUUAUGGUGGAGAUCUCGUUUGGAGGGCCCAAUUGGUCAAUCAGCCCCGGUGAUUUCGCAUUCACAUCUAUAGGACCCACAUCGGAUGAAUGCUAUGGUGCAUUUUACGCAAUACCCACAUCUGGUGCCAGUGGGACCCCUUCCUGGAUUUUAGGCGACACGUUCCUGGUAUGCUCUUUUAGCGCAAAUACACUUCUGAUGAUUAAUGCCGCGAGACAGAAAAACGUUUAUUCAGUUUUCCGGUACGAUCCCCCGUCUGUCGGAUUCGCGGCACUGUCAGAAAUUGCACUUGAAAUGAAUGGCUUGGCUGGAGGAAUACCUUCCGCUACUCUCGGUGCUAACUCAGCAAUGUUUACGUUGGAGUCAAGCGCGGCACCCCCAACACGCACCUCUAGCGCAGUUGCAAUCGUCAUCUCCGCUUUCUUCGCCACCUUGGUUUCAUUUGUACAAGCAUAAUGCUGCGGUUGUGGACAUACUGCUGCAUUUACAGCACACCUAGGCUGCCAGGCACAGGCUACCGCCGCACAGCCCUCUCGGACCGACAUGCAGGGGUGGUGGCUGUGCUCAGAGCGUCAUCUGAGACUGAUAGCAUUUUCACCUGUUGGGCAUCGCUAGAUGUUGUAAUUGUAGGGGCGCAUUGAUCGCUACAAGAGCACAUGAUUUACUGUACAUGUAGCUGUUCGUCAGACAGGCUCGUGUGUUACCACGUUCCUCAAAAUUGUUAUCACACACAUUUCCGGUUAGCCAGUUACUAGUUACUGCUAAUAGCUUUACCAAGGGCCA